ACAAAAAUGAGGAAGGACCUUCAAAAGAGACUUCAGUCCCUACAGCAGUGUCAUACUGGUUUUUGGUGUCUGCAAAUAUUGCUGUUAUUGCUCCAUUUGUUUGCUCCAUCCUCCUCCCCCACUGCUCUCCCUCCCAUGGAAGCUGCAGGAACUCCCACCCCACAAUGCCAUCUAUCCAGCUGCCACUGCUGCUCCUCUGCCUGACCUGGCCUGGUGUUUGCCUCAGUGGGGGGCAGUCCCUUCCAGAGGGAAGUGAGAACACGGGAAGAAGUCUCCUCGAUGACAUCCUGCCAAGGUCUGAAAGCCUCAUUCUUCAGUCUCUCCUCAAGAAAGCUGAAAAGGAAGAAGAGAUGAAUAAAGAAUCAAGUGCCCCUCUGCCAGAAUGGCUUUCUGAAAGACAACAUCCUGGGAAAAAGUACCUAAGUGUCCUGGAGAAGAGACAGCAUCCUGGAAAAAGAGAUGUUAUGGAAGGCACAUCCUAUGGAGACAUUCAGAAGAGGCAGCAUCCAGGGAAAAGAGAGACAGAAAACAGCCUAGACUACUAUCUGGAGCUGAAAAAGCGACAGCAUCCUGGCAGAAGGUCAUUGCCAAAUCAGUAUCCUGACAUCCCUAGUCCACAGCUAACCUACUUGAAUGAGUCACCCAAAAGACAGCAUCCAAGCAGAAGGUAUCUGAUAUACAAGUACCAACAUCCUAGCAAAAGAGGCUGGAGUGAUGAGGUAGACCUGAGUGACCAAUUUGGUGAGAAACGCCAGCACCCUGGCAAAAGGCACUGGAGUUCUGACAGCCCAGCUGACGCAGGCCCCUGCAGCCUGCAGGAGCCCUUCCCCUGUAACAAAGGCAGCUUGCUGCUUGAUUUAGUAGAGAACGCUAGCAAAGACAGGGUAGAAGACAAGCGUCAGCACCCAGGAAAGAGAUCAGCAUGGGAGGGUGAAGCAGAGGAAUGA